AUCGGUGAGGGAAUGGGUAGAGCGAUCCGGCUCUGGGCAUGGAAAUUCAGAAAUUACCCUGUAACAUUGUACGACUGUCUUUGCAUUAUUUGCACUUUAACUAUAUACUUAUAUUUAGUGUAAUAGAUUAUUUAUUUCCCCCCUAAAAAACCAUUUAGUGCAUACAGUAAAUAAAAUAGAUCUCAAACCCCUCCCUGCCCUGCCAUUUCCGGCAGAACUGAAUUCACUCGCCUCCAGAAGCUAUUCACUAAAUAUGCAAACAUCCAGAUUCAGAUAGAGAGAAGUAAAAACGAUUAUUUAAGUAAAGGUGAAAUUAGACAAUUCAUGAUUCUAUUAACUGCAAGCAGCUAGCCCCGGUAGCUCUAGAAAUUGGCGGGCGAUUUGAAAUUGACCGGACAUCCAAUCCCUGCAGUCAGAUUGGCUGGAUUCCGACCCUUAGUCACCAGUUUCCAUAUUUGGUCGCAGAUAAUUUUCCCCACCCCCACCGCCGGGCAGCGUCAAACCGAUUAAGGAAAGGCAGCCAAUCACACCGCUGGGACCCUAUAAUGGACAUCUUCAUUCCAACCAACCAAAGGGAGCAGGGCGGCCCUUCAUCAACGCUUUAAAAGCCAGACCCAGCGUCUGCUCCGACACUGCAAUCCUGAUAUUUCAGGCUGUAAUCGGACUGCUGAAGGAGAAUGGCCCGCACCAAGCAAACAGCGCGAAAAUCGACCGGUGGGAAAGCUCCCCGCAAACAACUGGCGACCAAAGCGGCGCGCAAGAGCGCCCCAGCCACGGGCGGAGUGAAGAAGCCCCAUCGCUACCGGCCCGGCACUGUGGCUCUGAGGGAGAUCCGGCGCUACCAGAAAUCCACCGAGCUGCUCAUCCGCAAACUGCCCUUCCAGCGCCUGGUCCGGGAGAUCGCUCAGGACUUCAAAACCGAUCUGCGCUUCCAGAGCUCGGCCGUCAUGGCCCUGCAGGAGGCCAGCGAAGCUUACCUGGUGGGGCUCUUUGAGGACACCAACCUGUGCGCCAUCCACGCCAAGCGAGUCACCAUCAUGCCCAAAGACAUCCAGCUGGCCCGGCGUAUCCGCGGGGAAGUUUGUGCUGGGUUUCCAACCAUGACUGAGACUACAACAACAGAAGUGGCUCCACCGGCGGCACCCGCCGCCACACCCAAGGCUGCCAAGAAGAAGACGGCCGUCCGGAAAAAGUCAACCGGUCCCAAACUGGGCGACCAGAUCGACAAGAUUGUGGCCGAUUGCCACAGCCAGCGAGGGAUGUCCGUAACCGCGAUAAAGAAGAGUUUGGCGGCCAGCGGCGUCAAUGUUGAUAAGCUGAGAAGUCAGAUCAGGUUGACCAUUAAAAGGAAAGUGGAUCGCGGCUCCCUGAUUCACACUAAGGGCAAAGGUGCCUCCGGCUCCUUGAAGGUCCCUAAAAAAGAAGGCGCCGGGAAAGUCGUGAAAAAAGUGAAGAAACCAGCAGCCAAGAAAUCUAUGGCCAAGAAAACAGGUGCCAAGAAAUCUCCCACCAAAAGCAAAGUGAUUAAGAGAACUGCGGUUAAAAAAGCGGCAGCUAAGAAAACAGCGACCAAGAAGACUACGCAGAAGUCCAAGAGCCCGAAGAAGGCCGCAGCCCCCAAGGUGACCAAGAAAUCGGCAAAGCCCAAGCCGAAGGCAAAAUCUGUGAAAUCCAAGAAGACAGCGGCCAAAAAGAGAAUGGCUCGCACCAAGCAAACAGCGCGAAAAUCGACCGGUGGGAAAGCUCCCCGCAAACAACUGGCGACCAAAGCGGCGCGCAAGAGCGCCCCAGCCACGGGCGGAGUGAAGAAGCCCCAUCGCUACCGGCCCGGCACCGUGGCUCUGAGGGAGAUCCGGCGCUACCAGAAAUCCACCGAGCUGCUCAUCCGCAAACUGCCCUUCCAGCGCCUGGUCCGGGAGAUCGCUCAGGACUUCAAAACCGAUCUGCGCUUCCAGAGCUCGGCCGUCAUGGCCCUGCAGGAGGCCAGCGAAGCUUACCUGGUGGGGCUCUUUGAGGACACCAACCUGUGCGCCAUCCACGCCAAGCGAGUCACCAUCAUGCCCAAAGACAUCCAGCUGGCCCGGCGUAUCCGCGGGGAGCGCGCCUAAACCCGACCUCGGCACCAAGCACAACAAAAGGCUCUUUUCAGAGCCACCAAUCCGGCAGGAAAAGAGCUCUCAGCACUUCCAUUUCCCCCUAACCUUUACAUGUGGGUGUUGAAUAAGACUUUCCCGUUAAUCGCACAAACUCCAAAUGUAGCCUGAAAACGGAGAGUCGGCAGUUCUGUGCCGUUUAUAGUUCGUUAUUGUGGCUGGAGCGCAGACUUCCUCUUCCACUGUGAAGGGAGCUCGGGGAGAGUCUGUCGUCUUAUCUCCUGGGAUCCCAGCCAGACCGGAUGUUUAUGAGAUUGUGUGGAAAAUAACAUCACUCAGUAGCAGGAUAGUGCAAUACAGAAACGGGAUCCAUGGAAUUUUGAUGGCUAAGUACGAGCAACGGAUAACUCUACAUCCCGAGAACUUCAGUCUGGAAAUCCAUGGUUUACGGAGAACAGACACUGGUGAUUAUGAGGUGACUGUUACCACAGGUUCAGGAGCUGAAACCAAAAAGAUAGUUCGACUGGAGGUGUACGAGCCUGUGUCCGGAACAAACAUCAAUUUUCAGUGCAACCCCGGGAUCAGUUUCAUCACCCUAACCUGCUCUGUGACCUCAGGCGACUCCCCCACAUUCAGGUGGUGGAGAGGAGAAGCAGCUGUGGGAGACGACAGCAACCAUCGCACUUGGGAACAGGGAGAGUCAAUAGAGGUUCAACGCACAGCAGAGGUUAAGGAUGUUGUGUACACGUGUGAGGCCAGGAAUGCCGUCAGUAAGGACACGGCACGGAUUCUGUUGCAGGACAUCUGUAAACUCAGCAUAUCAACGGCCAUGCCUCAGAGAUCAUUCCUGAUGAUCAGAAUCAUAGUGUUGGUGACUUUUCUGAUCUCUGCUCUCAGCACGAUUUUCUGGGUCACAUGGAGGAAUGGAGCUGAAGGAAGUUCCAACAGAGAUGGACACCGUUUACAGAGAUUUGAGUGCAUCAGGACAGAUCGCAGCGGCCGGCAGCCUCCUGAGGGGAACGAAAGGACGAUGGCAGACACAUUUCUCUAGGGAAAGGAGAAACUGGGGCACUGAACCACUCACACCACAACACGAAGACAUGUAGCUCUGCACAGUGAUACUGGGGAAGUGAACCCGUCGGUCCACUGGGACCAGCUUCACCUCAACACAGAAACAUACAAUCCGACAUACAGAUACACUGGGGUACACUGUCCCACCCCAGUCACUGGAAAACACUGUAUCCCACUCUCCCAAUCACUGGGGAACACAGUCCCCACACACCCAGUCACAGGGAUACACUGCCUCCCAGUCACUGGGGUAUACUGCCCCCCUCACACCCCCAGUCACUGUGGUAUAGAGUCCACAGCACACCCAGUCACUGAUGUACACUGUUCCUCACACACCCAGUCACUGGGGUACAAUAUCAGCCAGACACCCAGUCACUGGGAUGCACUGUCCCCAAACUCCCAGUUACUGGGGUAUGCUAGUGUACAACCAGUUACUGAGGUACACUAUUGCCCCACUCUCCAAACACCUGGGUUCAAUAGGUACAUUCAAUGUCAGAGAAAUGUAUACAAUAAACAUCCUGAAAUUCUUCUUCUUUGCAAACAUCCAUGAAAACAGAGGAGUGCCCCAAAGAAUGACUGUCAGUUCAAACAUCAGAAGCCCUAAGCCCCCCCCAGCUCCCCCUCUCACACACAAGCAGCAAUGACAAACCCCCUUCCCCCACGACCCCACCAGCACCCUCCACCGAGCACCAAAGUGUGCAGCAAAGCAUCAAAAAGACACAGACUUGCAGAGCUCCAAAGACUACUCAUACACCUGGUAAUUCAACAUACCACAGGCUCGCUCUCUCUCCCUCAUAAGGGAAAAAGAGCUUUCCAGUUUCACAGCGAGAGGGAGACAUAACAAAGAGUGUCCACCGCAAAGAUAACAAAGAUACGGUGUCCAACACGUACCCAGUCACAGGGGUACAGUGUCCGCCGCACACCCAGUCACAAGGGUACAGUGUCCACCGCACACCCAGUCACAGGGAUACAGUGUCCACCGCACACCCAGUCACAAGGAUACAGUGUCCACCGCACACCCAGAGAGAGAGGGACUGAGAGACACCGGUCAGUGUAGAGAUUUCCCCCUAAGAGAGAGGGUCAGAGAGACACUGGUCAGUGUACAGAUCUCCCUCUGAGAGAGAGGGACAGAGAGACACCGGUCAGUGUACAGAUCUUCCCCUGUGAAAGAGGGACUGAGAGACACCGGUCAGUGUACAGAUCUCGCCCUGAGAGAGAGGGUCAGAGAGACACUGGUCAGUGUACAGAUGUCCCCUGUGAGAGAGGGACUGAGAGACACUGGUCAGUGUACAGAUCUUUCCCUGAGAGAGAGGACUGAGAGACACUGGUCAGAGUACAGAUCAUACCUGAGAGAGAGGGACUGUGAGACACUGGUCAGAGUACAGAUCAUACCUGAGAGAGGGGGACUGAGAGACACUGGUCAGUGUACAGAUCUCCCUCUGAGAGAGAGGGACUGAGAGACACUGGUCAGUGUACAAAUCUCCCUCUGAGAGACAGGGACAGAGAGACACUGGUCAGUGUACAGAUCUUCCCCUGAGAGAGAGGGUCUGAGAGACACUGGUCAAUGUACAGAUCUCCCCCUGAGAGAGAGGGACAGAGAGACACCGGUCAGUGUACAGAUCUUCUCCUGAGAGAGAGGGACUGAGAUACACCGGUCAGUGUACAGAUCUCCCCCGAGAGAGAGGGACUGAGAGACACUGGUCAGUGUACAGGUCUCCCUCUGAGAGACAGGGACUGAGAGACACUGGUCAGUGUACAGAUCUCCCCCCGCGAGAGAGGGACUGAGAGACACCGGUCAGUGUACAGAUCUCCCUCCGAGAGAGAGGGACUGAGAGACACCGGUCAGUGUACAGCUCUCCCCCUGAGAGAGAGGGACUGAGAGACACCGGUCAGUGUCCAGCUCUCCCCCUGAGAGAGAGGGACUGAGAGACACCGCUCAGUGUACAGAUCUCCCCCUGAGAGAGAGGGUCUGAGAGACACUGGUCAGUGUACAAAUCAUACCUGAGAGAGGGACUGAGAGACACUGGUCAGUGUACAGAUCAUACCUGAGAGAGGGACUGAGAGACACCGGUCAGUGUACAGAUUUCCCCCUGAGAGACACCACUCCAUGUACAUUACUGCUGUGCCAUCCAGUGUAUAUAUGCAGAUAUAUAUAAAUAUAUAUACUAUGUAAAAGAGUUUGAGAGAGAUGGGUUCUUGACUUCUCCUAAAAACAUGGACAUUAAAGAUUUUUUAAUUUCAUCAAUCAUUUAUUAGUCCCCAAUGUAUAUCAACCUGUGUCAAAGAGAUGGUUUCAAAAUUGAAAUUUCUAAGUAACUUUUAUUAUCGGUGUACAAAUAUGUCUCCACAAACAACACUGAGAUUCAUUUUGCUGUGACGAUAUUCAGCAAAUCUGUAGAAUAAUAACUGUAACAAGAUCAAGUAGAACUUCUGAAGAAUCUCCCACUUUUAUGUGAAAAAAUUCUUAGAUAGGAAUUAAUUGGCUACAUCAUUAAAAGUAUUACAUCAUGUGGGUAAUGUGCUAAUACUUAGCCAAUAAAAACGGAGAAAGGUGAUAAACUGUUAGUUUGGCUGCUAUACUGUUUUCUGCCAUUGGGUGUGAAAAAUACACGAGUUUAUUAAAAGGUACAAAUCUUUUUCAAAGUAUUAUUAAUAAAAAUAGUGGUUUCCAACAGUCCACCCUUUGGAUUUUAUAAGGGACCCUGGCAGAAUCACAUUUGAAAAUUCAGGGUAUGUCUUUUAAACAAAUAUAAAAAAUGUAGAUAAUGGUAAUAAAGUCCAAUAAUUAUGUUUGCACUUGAAGCUUUCCCACAAUAUUUAUCUUAACCUGGAGUCACUUUCGCUCACUUGCAAUUGCUGGCGUGUAUCCACUUACUUCUACCUUCUACAUUAACUGCUGAAUUGGUAACAUGGUAAGGACCUUCCCAUCGAUCUCCUGGGGUUCCUGGUGUGGUUUCUUCCAGGAUACACUCACCAGGAAUCAAAGUGUGCUCCUUCCAAUGGACCACUCCAAGCAGCA